AUGGUGGGAACCUACUUUACGGAACGACGUGCGUUGGCAAUGAGCUUGGUCACCACUGCUACAUCCGUCGGUAGUGCGAUUUAUCCUCUGGUAAUCCCAAGACUCCUGGACGAAAUCGGAUUCGGAUGGACGAUGCGCACCAUUGGCUUUCUCAACCUUACUUUGUUCCUGACUGCCACUAUCUGUAUGCGCCCGAAAAAACAACCUCCGGCGCAGCGACCCUUGAAAUUGCUGGAGCUUUCGAUGCUCCAGCGGAUCGAUGCCAUACUCUUUUUGGUCGGAAUAAGUGGCACGUUCGCAGCGUAUUGCUUUACGAUUUACUAUAUAACUUCGUUCUGUGAAGUUGUCGGCCAUGAGAACUAUGAUGAUGCCACUCAUUUACUUGCCAUCAUGAAUGGCAUUGGGGUUCCUGCCCAAGUAUUCUUUGCAUUCUCGUGGAUGGCAGUACGCAGCUCAGGCGGUAUCUAUGCUUUCAUCUGCGUCUAUGGAUUGGUCCAGGCAGGUUGGCAGUCCAUCUUCGCCGCGUCUGCCACGAGCUUUGCGCGCAAGACUGGGGACUCCGGUGCAUGCAUUGGCAUCACUUUCACCGCAGUAGCCUUUGCUAUGCUGGUCGGUGGUCCCAUUGGCGGUACACUCAUUUCUUCCGAUGAACCAAUUUCUUGGACGCUCAAGCGUGGGCAGCUGCCAGUACAGCAUUGGGAUUCAUCCUGGUGGGAAUGA